AUGGCGGCUCCCCGGCAAGCUCUGCUCCUGGCCGUCGUCGUCGCCGCCGCGUGCCUCGCGUCGCUGGCCUCCGCCUCGGACUGGAUGGUCGGGGACAAAGACGGCUGGAGGGCCAAGUUCAACACGACCGGCUGGGCCGACGGCAAGACGUUCACGGUCGGCGACACCCUCAUGUUCAUGUACCCCCAGGGGAAGCACACGGUGGUCCAGCUCAGCAACAAGGACGACUUCGUGGCGUGCAACCUGAACGCCAACCCGAUCGCGACGUGGAAAUCCGGCAACGACGUCGUCACCCUCGACAAGCCCGGGAAGGUGUGGUUCUUCUGCAGCGUUCCCGGCCACUGCGACAACGGCAUGAAGCUCGUCAUCAACGUCGAGGACGGCGCCCCGAUCCCGGCGCCGCCGGGCCCGUCGUCGUCCGCCCCCGUCACGGGAUACACGGUCGGCGCCGCGGUCGCCGUGGCCGCCGGCGCCGUGGUCGCGUCCGUGCUCGCGUUCUAGGGGCCGCCGCGCUCGCUGGGGAAGACGUGUACGUGGACGUACGCGUGGCGGGAUCGCCAUUACUUUGACUUCAUUUUGUGCGUGGUGUGUGGUCGGAUCAAAUUUUUUUUUCUUGUUCGGCGAAUUGUUACUGUGGUUUGGACUUUGGAUUUUACUCCGUACUCGUGUUUGAACUAGGUAGCAAGAGUUUAGCGCUUUGUAUGA